UCCACUCAGACCCUCUGUACACAUCCAACAAGCCUCCAGCCUGCUCCAUACAUUGACACCCUGCCAGCCAUAGACUGUCUGCUACCAGGAGGGCCACACUGGACUGCUACAUUGCUCUGCAAAUGGCUCCAUAUGAUAACAGAUUGGAUGGCUCUGAAAUCAGCCUGAACAAGGACAUGAGAAAGCUGAGAAAGCCAGUGAUCGAGAAAAUGAGGAGAGAUCGGAUUAACUGCAGCAUUGAGCAGCUCAGGAUGUUACUGGAGAAAGAUCUUCAGAAAAAUCAGCUUCCAUCCAAACCAGAGAAAGCGGAUAUUCUGGAGAUGGCCGUGUCCUUAUUAAGGCAACAGAUACAAAGAACAACUAAAACUGUGACAUCAGCUAAACAAGAUUUUGCACCGCUGCUCGAAGUCACAGAGUUUAUCCCACUAAGAAAAGAGACAGAGACACAGAUGGAUCUUAAAAGUGUCUCCCAUGGAUGCCAAAUCGCCAGCCAGAAUGUGUGCCAUUCUCUAGUUCCAUAUAGCCAGAGCAAUGGCAAAGAGCCCCCCCAGUGCUAUAGCGCAGCAGAUCUGUGGCGACCCUGGUGAUAAUGUCAUUGUGUCAUAGACUUUAUUUGGAAUCGAUGCUACCUUUCUAUGUGAUAUCACAAAAGAAUUAUUUGUAUGUGUUUGUGUGUCAAUGUGUAUGUGCGUAUGAACAAUAAUAAGAAUGCAUACUAUCCUGUGAAACAUGGGUGGUAUGUAUGAAUUCACUUUUGAGCAAAGUACUACCGGUGGAUCAAUCACCAUGUAAACUUUCUUAGAGAUCCACGUUGACAAAUUUCCACCAGAACUUAUUAUAACCCCCAUAGACUGUGGAACAGUGGGUUGUAGUGGUUUUAAGUUAUUCUACCUCUUUUUUUACAACCCUAAUCAA